UUGUGCUUCACAAUAUCAUGCGUACACACGAAUAUUUUAAUCGAAGGCAUAGUAAAUGGAGUAUUAUAGGAUUUCUAAACGAAAGUGAUGAAGAAUCGUUCCAACUGAAGAUCGGUGUCUAUUUAAAAAAUCUCGAGAACAUUAUUAACCAUGAACAAGGGGCGAGGCGUGACAAAGCACAGCUUCUCUAUGAUAAUUAUAAAAAGGCAAGUAAAAGCUUUUUUAUUGGAAAUGGUACCCAACCCGAUUAUAAAAUGGCAAGGCAAUGGGAAAUGACGCAUAAGCCUGGGCUUUCGGUUCGCCUUAACCAUCCUAAAGUGACAAUCAGUGGCAAUUCUAUAGUUGAUUCAAUAGUUGGAGCUUUCAAUGCAAGGAUAGAUUCAACAAAAAGAAGUCAAGAGCAUCAAAAAGAGACUAAGCGAAACCAAAAACGGUCAAAAGUCACAAUAGCGGAUGACAAUGUCGAUGAGAUCGAAACACUGGAUAAUCAUAAUAACAAGAUCGAAACAACAGAUAACCAUGCAGAUGGGAUCGAAAUAGUAGAUGACCAUGAAGAUAUGUUAGAAGACGAUGAAAGCCUUGAAUUUGAUUUCGAUUCAGUUGUUAAGAGUUUGCAACAAGAACCAAUAAAUGAAUGGAAAGUGCAUGGUAUUAAUGUUACACGAAAAUUCCGUGAAUAUCAGCAAGAGGUUCUCGAAACACUUAAGACAACUGGAUUAACCUGGUAUAAUACAUACGAAACCUUAGCACUCUCAUCCAUAAUUGUGCUCGGCCGAAACUGUCCUUAUCCAAAUUUUACUGAAGAAGAGUGGCAGUCGAUAACUCAAACAAACAAAUAUACAAUCCAUGAGCCAGUGAUACCGUCUUCGGUAUCAACUGCCUUACAUGAAACCGUGAUCAAGCAUUUGUUAGGUCGGGACAGUUAUAUGCAUGCAGACGAAACUCCAUUGAGCAGAGCAGUCGCACGAACCUUCAAUGAGUUGCGAGAGAAUUUACCUGAUCUUGCAUCGCAAAGGACUUCCGAGGAUGAACAUUGCCGUAUAUUUCUGAAUCCUUACAUAAGUUCGAUUUUUCUGAAGAAAAACAAUAAUUACGAAGUGCAGUUAAAUCGCGCCGUCAAGGGCACAAAACAAAGACCUGACCUUUCAUGCGUCGUGGAUAAUGUACCUUUAUUAAAUUCUGAAAUUAAGCCAAUGGGGAGCCGUCCUUUAAACAAGAAAAAGGAUUUUUCAAAAGUUCAUUUACGGGGAAGAAAGACAAUCAAUCAGCAAUUGACCUCGAAAGGUGGCCCAGGAGAAACAGCAAUGCUCCUCAAUCAUGGUGAUAUUGUACAAACGUAUUUUAUGGACCUCCAAUUUGAUGGGCUAUAUCGGUCUUGGCCUUUUCUCACAACAAAAUUGGCAAUUGAUGAACCCAGUUUGCCUUUGAUCGAAUCAAACUUUGCUCAUUUUGUGGCCUUAGAGAGACGUGUAUGUGAACUUGCGAAAGAUUAUAAACGUCGAAGGGGUCCAUUCACACCGCCUCUACAAAUUCGAUAUAUGCGUAGUGUCCCAGACUCUCCGCAGAUCCGUAACAUGCUAG